CAGAACGAGACACGUCAUCCUGAGCUGUGAUUGGUAAACACAGAGAAGCCGGAUCUGAGGAUUUUUGGCACUGUCAGCAUGGAACUGGGGGACCAGGAGGUCCCGGCGGCCAAGCCCGAUAUAGAGGUGGAAUGGAGCGCCUUCUUCCAGGAGGCAGUGGGCACAGUGCUGUCGAGCUAUGGAUGGUUUAUCCUGUUGGGCUGUGUAUUGCUGUAUAUGCUGAAACAGAGGUUCUCCGACAACAUCAGCUCCUUGCUGACAUCUCCACCCAGGUCCACAGAAGACCCAAAUGAUGUGGUUAGAAGACAAGAAGCAGUGGCUGCAGCCAGGAUGAGGAUGCAAGAGGAGCUCAAUGCUCAGGCCGAGAGGUUUAAAGAGAAGCAGAGACAGCUGGAAGAAGAGAAAAGGCGUCAGAAGAUAGAAAGCUGGGAGAGUAUGAAAGAAGGAAAAAGUUACAGGGUGGUCACUCGUGUCAGUCAGCCUGAGGAGCCAUCUCCCAGCACAUCGGCAUCAUCAGCUGCUCCAAAGCCAAAACCAGAUCGGAAACCUCUCCGAGGCGCAGGUUAUAACCCUCUAACAGGUGACGGAGGAGGCACAUGUGCCUGGAGACCUGGAAGAAGGGGUCCGUCUGCAGGGGGGGGAUGAGGUUAAAGCACCUUGCUGGUGUUAUUUUUAUUUUAUUUUUUAAUACCAGCAAGGAUAAUGGACUGAACCGCGUGCAGAUGAAGCGUCUCCUUGUGCCCCUAAGGGUCUCUAGUGUAUGUCCUAUGCUGGAGUUUACAUGGAGCAUAAGUGAACCAGUUGUCCAUGUCUGCAAGAAAAAAAACCUCAGCCUGCGUGCAAACUGACACCUUUGUCUGGAGGGACAUGUCGCAUUUCCAGAAAAUCUGGUGACCUUUCACUUUAAUAGAUGAUGUUGUACGUUGUUUUUGGUUCGCUGCAGUGUGACGCUCUUAAUGAAGUUUUCCUUAGAAGUGGCGUCUAGCCAAUAAGGUUGACUGAUGUGAUGUGGCGGUCGGCCUAUAUAUUUGUCUUUUCAUUGUCGCAUAUUCAGUCGAUGGAUAAUAGAUAUUUUGCACCUUCAACUACAUGUGUCCAUAUGUGGAUGGAAGAUUAAAGGAGAUUAAAGGGGAACUCCGGUGGAAAAAAAAAUAAUUUAAAUCAACUGGUGCUAGAAAGUGCUUGUAAAUUACUUCUAUUAAAAAAAUCUUUACCCUUCCAGUACUUUUUAGCAGCUGUAUGCUACAGAGGAAAUUCUUUUCUUUUUGAAUUUCUUUUUUGUCUUGUCCACAGUGCUCUCUGCUGACACCUGAUGCCCGGAUCAGGAACUGUCCAGAGCAGGAGAAAAUCCCCAUAGCAUACCUAUGCUGCUCUGGACAGUUCCUGACAUGGACAGAGGUGUCAGCAGAGAGCACUGUGGAC